AUGUAGAAGUAUUUGUUGAUUUUACAAAUCUUAGCAAAUUCAAUAUUAAUUGUCAAAUCUGGUUAAUGUGUAGAAGGAUAAGUAUUAGAUGUUUAUUCAAACUAAUGUUUUGAGUGCCCAUUAAACUGCAUUAGCUGCUAGUUUGAUAAUUUUACAAAUAACUUAUCUUUAAAUCAAGAAAUAAGAAAUUGUAAUGUAUGCAAAGAACCAUUCUUAUUGAGUGAAGAUUAAUAGAAUUGUAUUUUAAAAUGCGAUAAUUAUUAACUUAAUAAUCUUUGUAUGCCUUGUGAUAUUAUUGGAUGCAAGAAAUGCGCAUCUUAAGUAUUAUGUGAAUAAUGCUUAGAUGGAUAUGAUUUAAAAAAUGGAAUUUGUAUCUCAAGUUGUAAUCAAGAAUAUAAAUACCUAUUAUAAAAAGAAACAAGCUGUUCUUACUUGUGUGGAUUGGGAGAAUCAAUUAAUGAUCAAGCAUAUAUAUGCUAAGAAAUUAAUAAAUGUCCUAUUUAUUAAUCAGUCAGUAACUUUUGCCAUACAUAUGAUAUUAUUUCUCAAUAAACAAUAUUAUCUGCAGACAUUUACAUAGAUCUUAACAAUCAAGAAGUAUUAAUCACAUAUGAUAAUUUAGGAAAUAUUAAAUUUUGGAAAUAUUAAUCUCCCAUAAUUAACUUUCUAUACGAAAUCCCUCAAACUCUUUAAGCUAGAGAUAAUUCUCUCAUUUGCAAGAUUUCAUAAAAAAGAUAUUACUUUUGUAUAUACUUUAAUUAUAUACAAACACUUGACUUGGAUUCAUAAUAGUUUAAUUAAGGAAGAGUUCUUAAUUAAUCACAAACAGGAGGAUUAUAAUUUUUAGACUUAAUAUCAAAUAAUGGAGUUGAUUUUUUAUGUUUACUAAGUGAAUAAAAAAUUCUUUUAUUUGAAGUCGAAAAUCUCUUUAACAACUUUACAACCAGGUCUUUAUAAGAUUCAAUUAAGCUUAACUUUGAUCAAAGCAUUUAUAUUUAAAUUGAAUAAUUUAGUUAAAAGCUUCUAAUAUAUAAAUCUACAGAAAUUUGGUCUGAUAUUGAAGGAGAUACCUACGAAGGAGUACUUUAUUUUGAAGAUAAAGAGAUUAUUUUAACAUUAGAUGAAAAUAACUUAGCGUCUGUCAUUCUUAUAGAUGACUAUAAUUAUAUAAUUGAUAAAUAAACAAUCUGUAAGAGUUAAAUGCUUCCUAACAUAACUUACGGAUAUGUAUCAUUUAAUAUAUUUGACACAGAAAGAAAAAAAUAUUAGCUAGAUGGCUUUAGUACAAAUUUAUUACUUAGAGAUAUGCAAAAUGGAGGUAUCAUAUUUAGUUUAAGAAAUUCCUACAGCCCUACUUUUAGUUUAUCAUAAAAUAAAAUUUUAAACUUUAUGUUUGGAGCAAUCGUAGUUGUUGAUAUGCAAAAAGAUCCAGAAAAUGAAGAAGAAUUCAUUAAUCAAUUAAUACUACCUUUAGCUUAUAGAAAUGGAAUAUUCUUUCAAGAUAGUGAAGAAAAUUUAUAUAUUUAUAAUUUUGAUGGCUAUUCAAACAAAUCUAUAGUUAGCUACAAAAUUACGGGAUUUUAAGUAAAGACAUUUUAAUGA